UGUUUAGUAGUUUCCGCUCCCAACACAGCAUCUGUACUUGGAGUAAGUUUCCGUAAAGGUUUGUUUGCUUGUCAGAAUCAUUCUGUUGAAGAAUGAGUACCCAGUACAGCAUACUCUUCAAGCAAGAACAAGCACACGAUGAUGCCAUAUGGGCUACAGCUUGGGGAAAACAUGAUAGAGACGGAUCUGAAACCAUAAUCACAGGCUCAUUAGAUGAUCUUGUCAAAGUCUGGAAAUGGAGAGAUGAAAGGCUUGAUUUACAGUGGACCUUGGAAGGCCAUCAGCUGGGGGUUGUGUCUGUGGAUAUUAGUCAUACAGGUAACAUUGCAGCUUCUAGUUCCCUUGAUGCACAUAUCCGUCUCUGGGAUUUAGAGUCUGGGAAGCAGAUCAAGUCUAUGGAUGCAGGACCUGUUGAUGCCUGGUCAGUGGCAUUUUCUCCGAAUUCUAAACAUCUCGCCACAGGAAGUCAUCUGGGAAAAGUGAACAUUUUCGGGGUAGAGAGUGGAAAAAAGGAAUUUUCGCUGGACACUCGAGGGAAAUUCAUCCUAAGUAUUGCAUAUAGUCCAGAUGGAAAAUACCUGGCUAGUGGAGCUAUAGAUGGAAUCAUCAAUAUUUUUGAUGUUGCAACAGGAAAACUUCUGCAUACGCUAGAAGGACAUGCCAUGCCUAUUCGAUCACUGACAUUUUCACCAGACUCCCAGCUUCUAGUCACAGCCUCUGAUGAUGGAUACAUCAAGAUUUAUGAUGUACAACAUGCAAGCCUUGCAGGCACCCUGAGCGGCCAUGGAUCUUGGGUUUUGAGUGUUGCCUUCUCUCCUGAUGACACACACUUUGUUUCAAGCUCUUCAGACAAAAGUGUCAAAGUUUGGGACAAAGGUUCACGAUCAUGUGUGCACACAUUUUUUGAUCACCAAGAUCAGGUUUGGGGUGCAAAGUACAGUGGAGAUGGUUCAAAGAUUGUCUCUGGUGGUGAUGAUCAGGAAAUCCACAUAUAUGAUUGUCCAGUAUAAUGAGCAUCAUGAGCAUCUACAGUGGGACAGUAUAGUGAAUUCUGGUCUGGGAGCAUCUCUAUUCUGAUUUCAUCACUCCUGAGAAAGAGGAAUUUGAGUUAUUGGUGCCAGUGCAGGAGAAGGUGCAACAGGAAAUGAUUUGGAGCUCUUUCACCCUUGUUUUAUUAUUUAUGUGCCCAGGAUGUGGGAUAAAGACUGUAUUGUACAUGUUUCUUCAGUGUCAGAUAAAAUUGUUGACCCAGUGUAAAUUACUUUUAUUUCGGCUGUAAAACCUACUGUGGUGGAUUUGUUUAGCCUUAUGUCAGUUGUCUAAAUUAACCACUGCAAGCUCUUGGUACCUUAUGAUAUAUUUUUAAAAAAAUAAAAUAUCUUUCUGAA